UGACCCGCCAAUUGCUCAAGGCACAUGGCGCGCUGCUCCGUCGCGAAGCCGCUUACAACCGCCGCCGCGGCUCCGCGCCUCCCUCGCCGCCGCGCUCUGCUCGUUAGCGCCGCCGCCGCCUCCCUGGCCACGGCAACAACAAGAACGCAGCGGCUGUCCGCCCUAUCGAAGCCGCCUAAACCACCGCCUCUCCUCCCGCGCCCAAGGCUCCCCACCUCCAACCACGCCCCCACCAACGACAAGCAAGACGACCGCCGUGAAGCAUCGACGGGCGCGGCGUCCUCUGGCUCUGGGUCGCCCUCGGGCGCCGGAGACGUGCUCCGCCUGAUGGAUGCCCUCGGCGUCGCGCCCGACGAGGACGUCUACGUCUCCCUCCUCAGGGACUCCGUCGACGCCGCCGAGGUCGCCGCCGUGCACGCCCACUUCGACGCCGCACGCGCCGCGCCUGGCCUCCCCCUGCCGCUGGCCAACCGGCUGCUGCUCGCCUACGCGGCCUGCGGCGACAUGGCGGCCGCCCGCAAGGUGUUCGACGAAAUUCCCGUCAAGGACGGCAUCACGUGGGCGACCAUGGUGUCGGCCUACUCCGAUGGGUGUUUCCAUGAAGAAGCGCUAAGGCUCUUCACCCGCAUGUGCCAAGAAGAACAUGGGCUUGCUGGUGAUCUGCUCGGCCAUGCCAUUGUGGCAGUGCUGCGGUCAUGUGCUCGGCUGGGCAGAUUAAGGGGCUUUGGUGAGCAGGUACAUGCGCUCGUCGUCAAGACAAAGAGAGUCUGCGGUGAUACCGGUAGUUCGCUGCUGCAGCUGUACAUCGCAAGUAAUCAGCAUGACAGUGCGCGGCAAGUGCUUCAGGCGAUGAGGUGUUGUUCCCAUGAGCCAGUGCCCGAGGCAGCCUGGACUAGCUUCAUGACAGCUUGCCACCGGGACGGACUGCUAGAUGAGGCCAUCUAUGUCUUUAGGGACAUGGUGUCCUCCGGAGUCGCCAGGAGCAGCUUCUCCCUGUCGACUAUCCUUGCGGUAUGUGCAGAAUCAGAUAACUGCAGGUGUUAUGGACAGCAAGUGCAUGGCGACGCCAUCAAGCACGGCGUGGAAACAGACCAGUUCGUUGUGUCUGGGUUGGUCCACAUGUAUGCGAAGCAAGGACGGCUUGCAGACGCCGCGAGGGCAUUUGAGGCAGUGGGUGGCAAGCCUGACGCGGUGUGCUGGAACGCCAUGGCCAUGGGGUAUGCACGCGGUGGGUGGUACAGAGAGGCCACCAGAAUGAUGUACCAGAUGAAAGCUGCUGGACUGGAUCUUCCAGGACUAAAUGUGGUUGGAAUGGCCUGCUCCAGGUGAGCUGCUGAAUGGCAUCGUUGACUGCUGCACUGCACAUCUAUGGGAUUGAUGCAUCCAUGGCAGGAUUGAUGCAUGUUUUCCCAUUUUGGGCGAUGGAUCCCAAGGAGGACAUGAACCAGAAGGUGCUCCUCUUCGCCCGCAGGAACUGUGACCACCAGUGUUUGUUCACCUACUGGAGCAGCUGAGAAGAGGAGGAAGAAAAACAGGACAACUCUUCAGGAACUAGGGUUCAUACAACACUGUUCAUGAUGUGAGUAUAUCACCAUGUUCUUGAUUUUUUAGUUAACAAUAUUCAGUCACUAGGAGUACAACAGUAGCAGUACAUAGCUGGAAUAUGCAUUUACAUAGACUUACUGAUGGCUCAACAUUCGAGCUGAUUACUAGCAGUGCAACACUAGCAGUACACAUAUGGAUACUCACAGAUUACUCCUUUGUUACUGUAUUUAUCUAGAGAUGGGAGUAGAGCUGAAGCAGUACGACUUCACUGAAACUUAAUUCAGUUAACUCCAUAGACACCUGCUCUUUUUUGUUUAGAAGGGACCCUUAUCUCCAAUCUUGUAAGACAAAAUACUCCUAUCUGUAGUCCCUCGAAUAACUCUGUUCUUCCUCCCCAAGCCCGUAGUGAACAUUAAAUAAUGCAUGCAAAAUCUGACCAUUUAUAACUGAAGUCAAGUUUAUACUCAUAUGGUGCUUAUGGCAAGCAAGUUUUGUACUCCUGAAACUGGAAAAUGUGACUGAGACUGGAACCCACUACAUUAUUAUCUUGUUUGUUGUUACUGAAACUGGAAACCACUACUACUCCAGAGAUGCAAUUUGACUUGUUUCCAAUUAUUCUGCACUACGACUUGUUUAUUGCUACUGAAACUACUACCAAAAAGAACUUCCGCAACCCUAUGGUAUUAUAAAUUAACGAACUAUGAGCAUAAAUCUGUAAUACAGUACUGAGAGCAGCACAUAACUAGUGUAGUAUAGUACUCCUAUGGGAUGAAACCAUAACAGUUCAGUGAUACUCCACUGUAGUAUUCCUAGUGAAGCAUAACUGUAGUAUUCCUACUGAAGCAUAAAUAUGAGAAAUUGUUAUGGGAUGAAACCAUAACAAUUCAGUUUACUUAUGCUUGCAUUUACAAUAGGCACUUAACAAAUCCAGAAUCUUGCAUUUACUUAUGCUUUACACUGGUCACUAUCAAUUCUAAGUCACUAGUUUACUUAUGAUUUACUUAUGCUUGCAUUUACUUAUGCUUUGCAUCAGUCACUAUCAAUAGAAGACAAAGGUAUUGCUCAUUUAUGCUAAUUGCCAUUUAUUCCAAGUCUGACUUCAGAGUUUGGUUUGCUUUUUUUCGACAAGGGGAAUAUAUUAAUAUCGCGAAGAUACCAAUUACACCCGUCCUCUGUACCAACAAGAUGUCCAAAUACAUCAAGGAUACAAACAGCCAAAAAUGAAAAUAAAAAGAACAGAAGAAAGAAAAAAGAAAAAAGACCCCUCCACAGUGAACAAUCACUAGCAGCAGCAGCACUCUAACCACCACCAAAGACAACACUCAAAAUACAAAAGAGGUUCUCCAGAAGCAACGCCUCCAAGGAGGAAACAAUGCACAAGCGUUUAUUUAUUCAUUUUUGUGUGGAAGGCUCAAUCAGCCCAAGUUUAAGAGUGAUGCCACUCACAAUGCUUUAUGCAGCCCAAGUUGAACUGUACCUCAAAAUGGUGGAGUAUUUCUGUAUAGUUUAAGAGUGAUUCCCAAAUGCACAUGUGGUUUUGGUUGAAUUAACAAGCAAGCAAGCUAGUCUGGUUUGGGUUGAAUUAAAACUGUAGACGAAUGCUUCUCAAACUAUAGAUGAAUUAACAAGCAAGGUAGUCUGUUUUGGGUUGUGGAGUACUGCUCUCAUGUGGUCUGUGGAUGUAGCAGCCAAUUUGUAGCGUCAAAACAUGGAGUCAGCUGUUCAUUAGACCAUGGCUUACAUCCUCAGUGUAAAUUUGGUUCCACUAUUUAUUUGCGAUAUUCAUUUCCA